AACAACAACAUAACAAGAGGCCAAUCAGAUUGCUCUGUAAUUGUUCCCUCCCACUUGAAAUAAUUAUUAAAGUGAAUCUUUUUCAAAUGCACUUUAACAGCAGUCUCAAGUGGAAUAACCAGAAAAUGCUGAUUCUACUGUAUUUGGGGCUGAUGCUCAGAGUGGGGCGAUGCACAGAUUAUCAGCUCUUUGAGACAAAGAUUGUUGGUGUUGGAGAUGACCUGAAACUAACAUGUCCCCGCGAAUCUUCUUCAACCUCCUUUUGGAUCAGACUUGUUUCUGGAAACCUUCCCGAAGUCUUAGGAAGAACAUUUAAAACUGAGAGUGCUGAUCCUAGCAUUACAGUCUCAGGAGAAGCUGGAACAUUUGUUCUGCAGAUUAAAAACGUAAAGCGAAGUGAUACUGGAAUUUACGUCUGUUUUAAAACACAACAAAAGUGGAUAGUUUUAAAAACUGUGGACCUGAGAGUUGAAGGACCAGAAUCUGAUAUCACUGCAGUCCCUCCAUCUGAUCCAGUCCGUCCAAGAGACUCUGCGACUCUUCAGUGUUCAGUCCUCUCUGACUGUGAGAAUCAAACAUGUCCAGGAGAUCUCAGUAUGUGCUGUUUCAGAAUUGGAUCAAAUGAAUCUCAUCCAAGUUUGAAUUAUACUCAACAAAACAGUGCGGAAGAAUAUGAAAACAACCCUGACGGACUCUCAACAAAGAAAUGUAUCUUCAAGAACGUCAGCUCCUCUGAUCCUGGGACUUAUUACUGCGCUGUGGCCACAUGUGAGGAGAUAUUUUGUAGAAACAGGUCAAAACCCGACCCUGAAGCAGUCAACGUGUGGGAUUCUCAGAGGGCCAAUACAAUUUUGCUUCUGCUGUGUGCUGUUUUGGCUAUAAGUCUGAUUGUUGGCGCUUUCCUCAUUUUUUCAAUAAAGGCUUUUGAUUGUUGCAAUGGCACUUUAAACACUGGUGGACAACAAAAUCAGCAUUUAAGGACGCAUGAGGACACACGGGUAUAUUCUGCUGUCGUCUUUACCGUAAUGAAAACUGGCAGUGGCGGAAGAGGGACUGAGAAGCAGCAGAGAGAGAAAGGAUCUACGCUGAGGGCUACUGAGGCUUUUGGGUUGAAUUAGCAAAUCAGUAAAUUCCACUUAAAACUGUUUGUGUGAACUAGAUUAUUAUAAAUCAUUUGACCCGUCCUGCUUUUGAUCUGACCACUUCACCUGUGAUCGUACCUUUAAGCUUUAUAUUUUUCAUACCUGAGUGAAUGAUAAUCAGAAUUCAGACAACAGAAGAAUCAACUAGUGCAACUGUGUUGAAUAUGGCCAUAAUUCCAUAUUUCCAAGUGAACAGUGUGCCUGAUCAUUAACACAUAUAUAAACAUUAGUCAUUUUAUAUUUAACCUCAUUUGACGUUGUCCACAUUCUGAUGAUGCUCAUUUAAAGUUAAUGACUCUCCAUCGGAGGGGAAACGUACGUAGUUACAGUUUAACAAUAAGAAUGUGAGUGACAUAAACUUUUUGUAUCAUCAAGACAGGAAAACAUUAUUUUCAGGCUGGUGUGUCAGUAUAAGCAACUGUAGCUGCAGCUUAUGUACAAUAAAUAUUGAUUAUCUAUUGCCAAACACUUUGUAAAAAACUUUACAGCAUCUCGAGGCUUGUGUGCAGUUUUCUUUUUGAAUAUUUCAUGUCAACAUUUCAAUUUGCUAUAAAAGACCAACUGAAAUCACAUUUAGUAAUCUCUUUUUGUAGUCAAAAAUCAAGUAAACGUGUUAAUAGUUUUUUAUUAUUAAAAGAAAGAAAGGAAGUAGAAAAAUGAAGAAAGGAAAUAUCAGUUAGAGGGGCUACAAUGGGAGGAUCUCCAUCAAUGGAUACUUAACAAUGUUCUGCCUUUUCUGAUUUUUUUCUCAAAGACAGCGGGAAAGGUGAUUUAUGUAUGCUAUAUAGCACUGCAAUUGAAUUUCAGUUGGGCUUAUAUAGUCUACAUUUUCCGGUCAUUUUCACGUUUUUUUUCAUGCUUACUUUAUUGUAUAGUAUUUCACCUUUGUACUUUUAUUUACUUUGAUUUCACUUGUCUCAUUGUUUCCACUGAUACCUAACAUUUGUGUCAUUGUUUACAAAUUCCGAACAUUUAUAGUUUCUGUGAUGAUUAGUAAAAUUCAGUGGAAGAAAACUACUGUAGUCAGAAUGAAAGGCCACAACAAUCAUAUCACUCUAUGUCAGCAGUCAUUUUGUCACUUAAACGUCAUUGUCACAACAGGAGCCUCAUUGUUGCCCUAUCAGUUAACCUCUGUUCAUCGGCUGUGGUGUGGUGUGCUGAUUACAUCCUGUGUGCUUCACAAUAAAUGGUUUUUAAUAUGAA